ACUCGCAUUAAGAAGGCCUCCUCCGUCCGCCCUUCUCAGUCGGCGAAGACGAAUUGAUCUCUGUCGCCAUGGCUUCGUCUCCGGCGGCCGUCAAGGAACUGCAGCGCGAUCUCGAAAACCAGGCCAACGCCCUCAGCAAGAUCCAAAAAGACAUCGCCAAGAACCACCAGGUCCGGAAGCAGUACACCAUCCAGCUCGGCGAGAACGAGCUCGUCCUUAAGGAACUGGAAUUAUUGAAUGAGAAUUCCAACGUGUACAAGCUGAUCGGGCCGGUGCUCGUGAAGCAGGACCUCGCCGAAGCCAACGCCAAUGUGCGUAAAAGGAUCGAGUACAUCUCGGCCGAACUUAAACGGCUUGAUGGGACGCUUCAGGAUUUGGAGGACAAGCAGAACAGCAAGAAGGAAUCGGUCUUAAAAUUACAACAGAGGAUUCAUUCACUACAGGCUGGAAAAUCCAAAUCCUAGAUUCCAUAUGUAGGGACUGUCAGGCGAUUUGUCUCACCUUCACUCUGGUAGUUCUCCUAUAUCAAAUACCCUCCACCAGAUGGAGAAAUUUUCAGGCUGAAGUCAUGUUCGUGUGCUUAUCUGUGUGGUAAUGUGUUUUUCUCUUGAAAUCUAGUAUAGCAACUAUGUUAAACAUUAUCAAAGUUCCCAUUUUAUUGGAGUUGGGUUUUGAGAAGAUAAUCUUGAGCCUGUGAGGUAAUUAGUGGAAGUGAAGAGCUUGUUCUUGGAUAUGAACUCAUCUACUUCGUCAUUUUCAUGCAUAUGAUAUUCUUUCUCUUCAUCAGAGACAAUUGCUUGUUU